AUUUUUUUUUUUUCUUAAAUUACAUGCCAAAAAACUUUCACUUAAAUUGAAACGGAGUGGGGGAGUAGCUUUUACUCCAUAUAAAUCGAAAAAUACCUGAACCACCAUUCACCCACCUACUCUCCUCGGAGAUCCCACCUAUUCACUUUUUUCCUCAAUUUUCCUUCAAAUUUUUACUUUCUUGGUACCCUUUUCAUUUCUCUUGUCCACCUUUUUGUGCCUUUAAAUCAGUCCACAACCUCAACAUCAAUCCCUUCCUCUUCUUCUCUUCUCCCCUUUGUCUGUCGAAUCUUUAGUUUCCCAACUAUUGUUACUCUGUUGUUAAUUUUUUUGUUUUUGAGGUUGGUCUCUAUUUUAUAGAUCUGAGGCUCCUUCUCUGUAAUUGAUGGCUGCAUAGUUUGUGAAUUGAUGUCUCCAGUUGCGAGUGAAAUCCUCCUUUGUGGGUUUAUGAUAAGUUGUUCACUUAGACGUAGGACCCAUCUUGUUCAAUCUUUCUCUGUUGUUUUCCUCUACUGGUUCUACGUUUUUUCAUAAAUCACUUGUCUAUCUACUAGUAAGUACUUUUCUGGGGUCCUGCGUCUUCUUGGUGUAAAUAUAUAAUAAGUAUAUAGGAAUAUAUAUGACUUCAUCUUCUUCAGGAGAUUUGAUGAAUGAAAGGAAAAGGAAGAGAAUGGUAUCAAACAGGGAAUCAGCAAGAAGAUCAAGAAUGAGAAAACAGAAGCAUUUGUAUGAUAUGAUGUCACAAGUAGAACAAUUGAAGGAAGAGAAUAUCAAGAUCAUAACAAGUAUCAAUUUGGCAACACAGAACUAUGCUACUGUGGAGGCAGAGAACACUGUUUUAAGAGUUCAGAUGAUGGAACUUAACCAAAGGUUGCAUUCUCUCAAUGACAUCCUCAGCUACAUCAACAAUAAUGGAACAAUAUUUGAGGAUCACAACUAUCCUGAAACUUUUGUGAACAAUCCGUGGAACUUUAUGUACCAAAAUCAGCCAAUCAUGGCAUCUGCUCAUAUGCUUUAUCACUACUGAUUUAAUAAUAUUGGAUGGUGAUUGAUCUGCGUAAUAUUAUAAUGCUAGUGUAUAUGUUGUUAUUAUUAUUCCUAAUAAGGGAAAAUCAUAACGAGUCAAAGAAGAUGAGCAUGCCGGUUGGAUCAUGUAUACUACUGAUAAUAUUGAAACGUA